AUGGUUCCUACUCAAGAAGAGUUCUUGAUUAACGAACACGACAUACCAUACGAAGAAGAACUCCUUCGAAGCCCCUAUUCACUUCGUUCAUGGCUCCACUACAUUGAUCAUAAACGACUUGGAUCAUUCAACGAGCUUUGUUUUGUAUUCGAACGUGCACUCAACGAACUUCCAGGCUCUUACAAACUAUGGAAACAAUAUCUAGAUCUUCGACGCGAUAAACUAAAGGGCUUAAAUGCAGUUCGACACAAAUCGCUGUACAAUCAUGUCAUUGCCUUGUAUGAACGCGCACUCGUCCUGUUGAACAAAAUGCCUCGUAUCUGGUUGGAUUAUCUUUCAUUGCUGACAACACUUCCCAUCAUCACAAAAACCAGAAGAGCAUUUGACAGCGCUCUGCGUGCUUUGCCUGUUACUCAACAUGCGCGUAUCUGGGAUCUUUAUUUACAGUUUGCUAAAGCCGCAGGUGGAGAAACGGCUAUUCGUAUUUACCGUCGUUAUCUCAAGCUUGAACCCACUUUUGUCGAAAACUACAUUGAAAGCCUUGUCAAACUCGAGCAUUACGACGAAGCAGCACUCAAGCUUGUAUCCAUCGUCAAUGAUACCAAAUUCAAAUCUGCUCGUGGCAAAUCACACUAUCAAUUAUGGCAGCAAUUAUGUGAAUUAGCAGUUGAACAUUGCGACGAUAUCAAGAGUGUGCAAGUGGAACCAAUCAUUCGAUCAGGCAUCAAGCGAUUCACAGAUCAAGUAGGUGUACUAUAUUCUCGUUUAGCUAUGUAUUGGAUCAAGAUGGCACAACUAGAAAAAGCGAGAGAUAUAUUUGAGGAGGGAAUCACCACCGUCAUGACUGUCCGAGAUUUCACAGUGAUAUUCGAUGCGUACGCUGAAUUCGAGGAGGAGAUGAUCACAACAAAGAUGGAAAUGGCUGCUGAACGCGAAGCUGCUGGAGAAAAAGACGAAGAAGAGGAUCUUGAUCUCGAUUUGCGCUUACUGCGAUUUGAACGUCUAAUGGAUCGUCGACCUUUCUUGGUCAACGAUGUGCUAUUAAGACAAAAUCCCAACAAUGUGUUGGAAUGGCAGCAAAGAGUAACGCUGUGGGGCGAUAACAAGGAAAAGGUGGUUGAAACAUACACUCAAGCUGUGCAAACAGUGAAUCCCAAAAAAGCACACGGCAAAUUGCAUGAAUUAUGGGCUCGAUUUGCUAAAUUCUAUGAAGACGGUGGCGACUUAACCUCUGCUCGUGCUAUCUUUGAGAAGGCUGUCAAGGUGAAUUACAAAUCUGUCAAUGAUCUAGCCGAAGUGUGGUGUGAAUACGCAGAAAUGGAGACUCGUCAUGAUGAUUUUGAUGCAGCAAUUGAAGUGAUGGCUCGUGCAACACAAAUCCCUGGUGUGCUGUCAGUGAAUCCCAAGCAGAUCAACUUUCACGAUGAAUCAAUUCCUGUCCAGCAACGUGUAUUCAAGAGCUUGCGUUUAUGGAGUUUCUACAUUGAUUUAGAAGAAAGUGUGGGCACCAUUGAAAGCACCAAGGCAGUUUACGACAAGGUGAUGGAUCUUCGUAUCGCCAACCCACAAACCAUUGUAAAUUAUGCAACCUUUUUGGAGGAAAAUCAAUACUUUGAAGAAUCAUUCAAGGUAUAUGAGCGUGGUAUUGAACUAUUUGGCUGGCCAAUUGCUUUUGAAUUGUGGAACAUCUAUUUGGAGAGAUUCUUGAAGCGUUAUGGUGGUACCAAGUUGGAGCGUGCAAGAGACUUAUUUGAACAAGCACUCGAAGAAUGCCCUCCCAAAUACGCUAAGCCCAUCUAUCUCAUGUAUGGUAAACUUGAAGAAGAGCAUGGUUUAGCCCGCCAUGCCAUGCGCAUCUAUGACCGUGCUACCAAAGCAGUUGCCGAUGAAGACCGCAUGGUCAUGUACGAAUACUACAUUGCCAAAGCAACUGAAUCAUUUGGCGUUAUGGCGUCCCGUGAAAUCUAUGAACGUGCUAUUGAAGCACUCCCUGACAAGGAUGUCCGUAUUAUGAGCUUGAGAUAUGCCGAAUUAGAAAGAAAGUUGGGCGAAAUUGAUCGUGCUCGUGCUAUUUAUGGUUUUGCUUCACAAUUAUUUGAUCCAAGAACUCAACCUGGAUUCUGGAAGACUUGGCAUGACUUUGAAGUUCAACAUGGUAAUGAAGACACUUUCAAGGAAAUGCUUCGUAUUAAGCGUAGUGUACAAGCAACAUUCCCUAGUGUUUAA